CCCCCAUAGCACUUAUUUCCCAUGGAUGAUCACAACCGAAACCACAUCAACAACACCCACAACAGCGGCUCGGCGUACGACCGCGACACGGCCGGGCCGGUCCGGUCGAGAUGGACACCAAAGCCCGAGCAGAUCCUCAUCCUAGAGUCCAUCUUCAACAGCGGCAUGGUGAACCCCCCCAAGGAGGAGACGGUGCGGAUUCGCAAGCUUCUCGAGCGGUAUGGGUCGGUCGGGGACGCGAACGUGUUCUACUGGUUCCAGAACAGGCGGUCGAGGUCGCGCAGACGACAGCGGCAGAUGCAAGCCGCGGCCGCACUGAACAAUCCCGCGGGAGGCGCUUGUGCCCAACUAGGCGGUGCAAGUCUAUGCGAUCCCAACGCUUUGUCGAGCGGUUAUUCGAACAACGGAAACUUCUUUUCUUGCUCUUCUGCUUCUUCUGCUUCUUCUGCUACUGCUAGUAGUUCUAAUUUUAUUGGAGAUGAUAGUGAUGAUCUCUUUGCUAUCUCUCGUCAAAUGGGCUACAUGGAAAGUAAGAGUCAAGUUCCAACUUACAUGUGCUCUACUCCUGAGGUGUCUCAACUGCAAUAUCAACCUGGGACUAUCACAGUGUUCAUCAAUGGAUUACCUACGGAAGUUCCGAGUGGCCUAAUCGACAUGAGAGCUUUGUUUAGAGAAGAUGCAGUUCUUGUGAACACCUCUGGGGAGCUUCUUCCUAUCAAUGAGUACGGAAUUCUCAUGCAGAGUUUGCAAAUGGGCGAGAGUUAUUUUCUGGUUUCGCGGCCAACUUAGUUCGAGCUGCAUCAUCGUCAACAUUCGAAUAAUAAUCUCAUUACAAUCGAUCGAUCGAUCUCUCGAUUUUUUUUCCCUUUUUUUCGAACCAAUUUCAUGCUUGCUAAUAAUCCAAAUCUGUUCUCACAAGCUCUUUACUUUGAAGUUUGAAGCUUAAUUACUAAUAAUAUAUUUCUGGUGAUGCUGUAACUUAUCGAGUCAAGAUAUAUUCAAGAGUCUGAACAUGAUU